AUGGAUGCGCGCAAUGCUGCUGAGUCCGACCAGACAAGGCCUGCUGGUGCGUCACCUCGGCCUGAGCGCCAACCGACACCAGAAGCCAAAUCACCUCGCGUCACCCCGGCUGUAGGCUCUGGAUCGCCCGACAGGGCUCAGCAACUCCGAAGGGAUUCCUUAGAUGCUCCCGGCGAUCUUGAUUCCGAUGCCGAGACGAUAGUUCUGCCCGGAAAAGACGGUCACUCGCCUUCCAAGGUUCGGAAAGUGAGACAGGAGGACAGGAGUGAUGGGGACGCUGAGGCCCCCAAGGGUCGUACCAAGCCCGCCUCUGACUCUGCUGCAGGGCAUGACAACUCUUCCAGCAAGAACCGCAAGCUCCUUUCCGGUAGCCACCCUCACGACUCAAGCAAGGUCCGGGCCUCGGACUCUGACAAGGAUGGAGCUGCUGGUUCCAAGGACGAACCCGCUGCUGGCACUGCGAACUCAACGCGUACCUCGCCCACCCGGAGCCGCCAUCGCCGACGCUCCUUCAGCAGCCGCUCGUCCCACUCCGAUGGCGAGAGGCACCCGAAGACGACACUAAGCGAAAAGUUCAAGUCGAAAGAGCGACUGCUACCCCACAAGCGCAAGGCUCCAAGGCCUGGCUCCGACUCGGACGAUGAACAGCCCUCCAACAGGGCGCGCCGCAAGCGUACUGCCAGUGUCAGUGUUGACGACGGAAGAUUGUCUCGAGAACGCAGGUCUAGCAUGUCCAAACCCCAGCAUGAUGUCCGGGACCGAUCGACGUCUCCCCAUCGCGUCCACCGACGGAGCAACUCGACUCAGAUGACCUCUUUAAACGGACCUUCCUCUAAGAGGAGACGUGUACCACCCCCCCUGCAACCAACCGACUACCAUUCCGACGAUUCCUCAGCCGGCAGUAGCCCACACCCUCGGAACACCAAGGCCAAGAGCUUGGCUGCCUCUGCCGCCGGCGAAUCCAGUGCGUCGCCAGCCAAGGUACCUUCGCACAAGAAGCACCUUGACGCGCAUGGGCAGACUCUCCUGGCUCGAGCCUGUGCCCGUGGUGAGUUCGAGGGUACCAAGAAACGACUUCGCGAUCGACCCGAAGAUCUGAACGUGGCCGACUACGCCGGUAACACGCCGCUUCAAAUUGCCGCAAUUAACGGUUGCGAGGAUAUCGUCAAGUUGCUCAUCGAGGCCGGCUGCAAUAUCGACUGUGUCAACUACGACAAGGAUACGCCACUCCUUGAUGCCGUCGACAAUGGCCACCUGGGCGUCGUGAAGCUUCUUGUGGAAGCUGGCGUGAACCCCCGCAAAGCCAAUGUGAACGGCGAAGAGCCCAUCGACAGAGUCACGGAGGAAACCGAUAACGCAGACGAAAUACGCACUGUUCUGUUGGAGGCAAAGAAGCGAUUUGGAGGUCGUACCAAGACAUCCGAAGACCGAAAUUACUAUCUCGACAAUCAGGAAGCUCCGGACAGCCCGCGCCAUUCCCCGGCUACUGUCAUGGCUAGUGGCCGGAGAAGCGGGACUGUCCGCGCCACCAAGACCAGGAAUGACCUGCUCUACCAACCCCUCGACGACAGGACCCUGCUUCAGGCCGCGGGCCGGGGCGAUGAAGAGAUGGUCGCCCGGAUAUUACAGGUCAAGGGAAGUUGCCAGGAUGCCGAGCCUAUGGUUGCUGCUGCACGUGGCGGUCACGAUUUGGUCAUCCAGCUGCUGUUGGGGCUCGGCGGCGCAAACCCUGACCCUGAGCCUAUUGCCUCCCAGCCAACCGAGUUUGCAACUCCGAUUCUCGCCGCCAUUGGCCAGGAAAAUAUCAAGGUUUUGGAGCUUCUACUCGAACAGCAAUCUGUCGACCCUACGAGACGCUACAAGGGCGAAACAUACUACGAGAUUGCGAAGCGUCGACAAGGCACAAACUGGAGAGACGAGGAGCAAAAGCUCAAGGACGCAUACGACGCAUACAAAUCCUCCCGAAAGCCGAAAGCGAAAUCCCCCGGACGACGUGAUCACGAAAGGGAAGAGAAACGCGCCAGGAGAGACGUGGCUGGGGACAACCGUCUGCACAAACGAGAUCCUAGAAGCCCCUCGCGAGAUAGCGAGUCGCGCAAGAAGAUGUCUAAGCUCCCUAGCCCCAAGGAGAAGCGCAACUCCGACUCGCAAUCUCGCCCAGGAGACGACAAGGGCGCGACCGCACGACCGAGAAAGGACGACAAGGUCUCGGUCAACACGCCCGACCGUGAAGAUUCCCCUGCAGUGCCCCAUAAACACCCCAAGACGAAGCGAACCGAUUCCGAGGUUGCGGCUUCUUCUGAAGGGGAGACGGUCAAGCCUAGGCGGAAGCUCGUGUCUAAAGGUGAGCUCCGAGGAGAGCGGGAGAAACAGCGGCGAUCUAGUGUCACAUCUGCCACUUCAGCCAACAAGGAACCAGCAAGCCCACGGGAACCAAAACAGGAUGCUUUGUCAGACAGGGAAAAAGUGUCGGAGAAGCGUGCGGACAGGGCCAAGAGUCUUCGGAAGGAGGAGGGCAGAGAGAACGCUUCGGGUGAUUCGUCAGGGAAGCGUCAUCGCACAAGCCUCAAUUCCGAUCGGCCCCACAAUGGCGACAAGGAGGACGGCGGAGCUCCCAUCAAGCGACGUCGCGUCGAGGGCGACGAUGGCGAGAAACGUCGAAAGCACCUGCCAUCACCAGCGGGCAGCUCUCGCAAGCCGACAUCUGAUGUCGAUGGCCAUGGCAAAUCUACAGUCAAGCCCAUUUCGGAGGCCAACAAGCCGAAGAAGACUUCAGGAGGUGAUUCUGCUGUUCGUAUCAAAUCGGAGGAUGCCGAUGUCGAGAUGCCCGACGCCGGCCACUCGAAGGGCCCGAGCCCUACCGCAGAUGUGCCCGAGCAAGGCGGCGACCGUGCUUCAAAGAAGAAGCCGUCAGAGGCUUCCAAGGCGGACGAUGAGGCAUUGAAAGAAAAGGAGAAGGAGCGCAAGCGUGCGGAGAACGAGAAGAGGAAGCGUGAGGAGGAUGCCGCUAGGAAGGCGAAGGAGGAAGAAGCUGCGGCUAAGAAGAGAAGAGAAGAGAAGGAGGAGGAAGAACGUGAAGCGGAAAAGAAGCGCCGGGAAGAAGCCGAACGUGUGAGACGGGAGGAGGAGCAAGAGAAGAAGCGUCUUGCAGAUGUCAAGGCGCGCCAAGAGGCUGAGGAGAAGGCGCAACGCGAAGAGAAAGAAAGGAAGCGUCGUGAGGAGGAGAAGCGCGCCAAGGAGGAGGAAGAACGAAAGCGUCGCGAAGAAGAGGAGGAGAGACACCGCAAGGAGCGCGAGGCUGCUGAAGAGGCGCGUCGCAAGCGGGAGGAGGAAGAGCGCAAAGAGCGUGAGAGGCGUGAACGUGCACACCGCGAAGAGAUGGAGCGGAAGCGGGCAGCGAGGGAGGCAGAACAGCGGCGCAUCCGCGAGGAACAGGAACAGGCUCGCCUGGACAAGCUGCCGCCGCUACUCCGAUGGCUCGACACGUGCCCGAACCCCAAGGACCCGGCCUACGCCAAGAAGCUGAGGCUUCUACAAGGCGCUCGAUACGACACGAUGCGACCCGAGGCGACGGGCACACCCGAAGGACGGGAACUGUGGGUUCUCAACGCCCACGUGGCGCUUAUCUUGGAUACCGACUGGGAGCGUGUACCGGCCUCACAUCUUGCGAAGGCUUCUCUUUGGAGGGUAGAGUCACGUCUCUAUACCCUGACGGACCCGGACCUGUGGGAAAUCGGCUGCCAACUUCCCGGGUACUAUGGCCCGGGAAGAUCAGGUUCGAGGGGCCUGGCCCCAGAGGCGCACCAGGCUCUCGUGGUGGCAGCUCGGGAGAGGUUUUUCAACAUGGAUCUGUUCUUCGUCAAGGCGUCGGACUUUUUAUACACGGUCCCCAACAUCCCCCACCUGCGAAAUGUCCAGCUGGCCAUCAUGUACCGCGAGCUCGCACAGGAAGACCAUGAGCUGAAGACGUUCAAGACGAAGCAGAAGUGGAAGCAAGAUCCCGACGCCAACCGAUUUGGAGGCGUCUUCGGGCCCCGGAACAAGUACUACGUCAACGGGGUCAUGGUUGACGAGGACAAGCCAGUACCGGCCGUCACUAGCAAGACGCCCUUCCCCGAGAGGCGGGUGCCCCGGCGCGGACUGCUGCAGGUAUUCCCCGACGACCCGGACUACGCCAGGAUCUGUAUGGAACAAGGCCUGGGACAUCUGGUCAAAGGCCACGGGGGGCAGUCGCCGGUCAACGGCGUACAGUCGCCACCGCCCAGCCACUCUGCCGACACACCCAGGGGCAAUGACGGCUCUUCAGAGACGACGCACGACGGUGCGGACCAUUCAGGGGUUGCCUCCAUCAAAGGCACUGGCGAUGCUACUGAUAAGAGCAAGACCGGAGCUAACGGAAGCCUACUCAACGGCCUUGACGGCCCGGAUGCUACCGCCUCUCGAAGUCCAUGA